AUGAAAUCGGUCAACUGCUUGGCUGCAAAAGACUCGAAUUUAAUGCAUCAGGUAAUGCGAAUGUACGAUGCAGAAUUAGCAGACGCCCAGUUAUUGGAUCAAGGCAUUUCCGUAGACGAUACGGAGGCUAUCGCUAUUGUAGAGUCCGGUACCAGUAUGGAAAACUAUGCGUCAGCGCUCUCGAGGUUGAACAGCCUGAAGCGGCGCUUAAUUACUAACGAGACGCUACGGUUCCGUUACGCACAAACGAUGAAGAUGACUACAGAGAAGGGAUGUGCCUUGCCAGUCCUAGGGGAACAGUUACAAUGCGACUUUCAUCCGCGUUGUUACCUGCCUCAUCAUGCAGUACUAAACCCAAAAAAGCCGGAAAAGCUGCGUAUAGUUUUGGAUUGUGCCGUCAAACACAAGGGGCAAUCGUUGAAUGACACGCUCUAUCAAGGUCCAGAUACCAUCGCGAAUUUAGUGGGUAUAAUUUUGCGAUUCCGUAAGGUACGUGUAGCUGUUACAGCUGACAUAGAAGAGAUGUUUAUGCAAGUGAAGGUGCCAAAACAUGAUAGAGGCGCUUUGACGUUUCUCUGGUGGCCACAAGGUGACCCACCCAAGAAUCCCGAGGAAUAUCAACUGAAAGAUCACCCGUUUGGUGCAACUUCCUCACUGUUUUGUGCUAAUUUUGCCUUGAACAGGGCUGCGAGAGAAUUCGGUAGUGGUUAUGGGCGUGCGGUGCUAAAAGCCAUAGAAGAAAACGUCUACGUUGAUGACUGUCUUGCAUUGUCCACGACAUGCGAUGAAGCCUUACGUUUUACGAAGGAAAUAACCGAACUAUUGGGAGGAGGUGGUUUUAAACUGAGAAGGUGGUCAUCUAACUCACCCGAACUUGCAGAAUCCCUCUCGGAAGACAGCACAAGUACCAACCUGGUUCAACUGUCUCAAUUUGAUUCCAGUUGUCAGAGAGCUUUGGCGUGCAGUGGGACACAACAAGAGAUGUUUUUAAGUUCCAGUUCCAGCUACUAG